AUGGAUAGUUUCAGGGCAUGUUUGUCAUUAAACUUGAAACAUGUGCUGUAUCUAGAGCAGGAUAGAUAUUGUGGGAUUUAUUCAAUGUGGAAUGAGCCUACAAUUAAUCAGUCGGUAGACUUUCUUUCAUUGUCUUAUACAUCUCUUGUAAUCUUCUGUCAAAGUAAGAACAAAACAAAAAAUCUACAGCGAGUUAUUACAGACAGUUUCAGAAAACUCUGGAAAAGCGAUUUUGCCAAUAGAGAGCUUUCUAAGCACGGUCCACAUUCUCUGUUACACGAUAUAGCAAGAUCCAAAACCUCAAAACUCAAAACCCCAAAUUUCCAAAAAAAAACAGUGUACUUGAAUAAGGCCAAGUAG